UUGUGUUGCGUUAUAUUAUAUGACUCAUUCGCACUUUUAUGUAUAUAUAUUGUACAUUUGCUCUUUUUAUUUAGGUUAUGUGGCGCAGCUACUUGCAUAGACGUAUACGCAUUUAGUUGUUCAGCCUAUGUUAUAGAAAUUGAAGAAAUGUAUAUGAAUAUAAAAGUACUUGAUAAGACGCGAGACUUGUUGCUAUCAUGGGCGGGCCUAAUGCUGUACGCCAUAGGGGCUGGUGUGGAGAAAGAGAGAGAGGGGUGUCAAAUGUAAAGGAGGGGAGGGAAAAAAAAACAAGUGAAGGGAGUUACCUCAGCGCUCUAUGUGAGAUAUGAGGUCGGGACAUUUUCCAGCCGUUCCGCUUUUCUAUUAAAGAAAAAGAAUAAGGUAAAAAAAAAAAAAAAAUCUGACACAUUUCCAGAGGUCGCACCCCGUCACCCCCCCUCCAGAAGAGAGAGCACAUAGAGCCUUCCAGCACGCGGGUCAGUUGGCAGCCGUUCUACGGUGGUGUGCGUGCACAGCCCCCCCCCCUCCUCCCCCCUACCCGUACGCGCGCGCGCGUGCGCGCAGCGUGUGUUUACAAGUGUUUGAACGAGUGCCACAAACGAGGGAAGAAGGAGGAUAAAGCCAAGGAAGGAGGGAUGGUGGACAAUUCAGGCAGUAGUAAGGCACAAAUGCCUAGCAUGUCUCAGGAGCCUGGUGUGGCCUUUCCUCAGAGCACCUCUACAGGGGGGAUGAAGCUGGAGGCAGUAAUGGAGCAGCUUCAGCGCCAGCAACAGGCCCGACUGGAAAUGGAGCGCAAGGAGAGGAAGCUGCGAGAGGCCCAUAUCAUGUAUGCUCAGCAGGUUGCUGCCCAGCAGGCCAUCCUGGCAGCUGCCCGGGCUUCUGGGGCCAGCUUCAUGGGCAAAGGCCUGGCUGGAGGUGUCCCAGUUGGCGGGUUACCUCCCCGCAUGUCCAAUCAGAGCAGUGUGGACUCAGAAAGAGAGGAUGACGAGGACAGAGGCCGGGAUUCAGGGGAUGAUGAUGACGACAAUGAGAUGAUGGAAGGGGAUGAGGGCAGUGAUGAGGAUGAGGGAAGUGCCAGUGGUCUGGAGUUUCUCCGCAAGCAGACCCUUGCUUUGCAACAGAGCGCUUCCCGCAUCCCGGCACGUCCAUUUGGCAGUUACUCUGCAUCAGCUCCCCAGAGGGCUGCAUCCCCACCUAUUAGAGUCAAGCAGGAACCUGAUGAGGGCCUGUCUCCUGCUGGGCCUCACUCUGCUACCUCUCCUAACGGACAGGCCGACUGGGGCUUCGAUGAUCACUUCAGACAGAAUGGGAGUGUAGGCUGGGGGGAUGAAGCCGAUAGCAGCAAAGGAAGAGGAGGAGAGGCCUCCAGAGACUUUGCUAAGUUGUAUGAACUCGACAAUGACCCCAAAAGGAAGGAGUUUUUGGAUGACCUCUUCACCUUCAUGCAGAAAAGAGGAACCCCAGUCAAUCGUAUCCCCAUCAUGGCCAAGCAGGUCCUGGACCUGUACAUGUUGUACAAGCUGGUGACAGAGAAGGGAGGCCUGGUGGAGGUUAUCAACAAGAAGAUCUGGAGAGAAAUCACAAAGGGACUCAACCUGCCUACCUCCAUCACCAGUGCAGCUUUCACUCUGCGCACACAGUACAUGAAAUACCUGUACCCUUAUGAGUGCGAGAGGAAAGGCCUCAGCUCCCCCGGUGAGCUCCAGGCUGCCAUCGACAGUAACCGACGCGAGGGUCGUCGUCCGAGCUACAGCAGCAGCCUCUUCCGCUUCUCUCCUUCUCCCAGCACAGCUCCCCACAUCCUCUCACCUCCCAAGAUGCACCUUUCAGCUCUGGGGGCAGGGACCUCAGGGUCCCUCAAUGGUCUGCAUGUCUCACCCGGACCUUCUCUGAAGAAAGAUGACCUGACAUCCUCCAUCAUGGCGGCGAGACCCUCCAUGGCACUGGCCCUGGGUCAGCAGCAGGUUGCAGGUUUGGCAAGAGCUGCCACACUGGAACAGCUGAGAGAAAAGUUGGAGACCAGCGGAGGAGAGGGACCAGAGAGGAAGAUGGCUCGCCUGGCUGAAGAGCAGCAGCGUCUGAUGCAGCAAGCUUUCCAACAUAACCUGCUGGCCAUGGCCUCCCAAAUGCCCAUGAACCUGCGUCUGGGAGCCCCCACCGUCACCACCAGAGAUGAGAAGCAGCAGGACAUGUCUCUUAGCAUCUCAACCAAUGGAAAUGCGAGCAUCACCGUCUCAGUGGAGGUCAAUGGCACAAUCUACUCAGGAACCUUGUUUGCCCAGAAGUCUGGCGGGGCCCCAGGGCCUGCUGUGUCGGCUGCUGCUGCUUCAGCCUCUCCUGCUGGAACCAGCACUAGCUUUGGCUUCUCUGCACCCCUGGCUCGGACCCUCAGCCCCACGUCCUCCUCCUCCUCCAAGGGUCCCGGCUCGGCUGAGCCGACCCCUAACGGGUCACCCUAACUCAGGCAGCCCUUUGUACCUGUUCCACAGGCCUCUCUUCCACCGGGAGGCCCAGCAAGAAUUUACAGUACAAUGAGAAACCGAUAAGAAUUACAAACUGUUGCACAACAAAUACCUCAUCAACCCUGUCAACCUCUUGGCUGUCCAAUCAUGAACACAGAGCCCAAGAAUAUUAUAUGACAACACGUGCCCAAACGCACAGCUAUGCAUUGUAUUCAACAUACAAACUAACACAUACACACACUACACUACAAACACACACAAUUAUACAUACAGACACACAAUCUAAACACUCAUACACUUGUUAAUCCUAUUGUACAUGCUAAACACAAUCAGUUCAGCCAAAACCCACUGACAGGUGUAGUCACAACUGAACUUGAAAAGUUUUAUCUUAGAACAUUUUGUUUGUUUGUUGCCAUUUUGUUGUCUUUUUGAUUUUGUGUUUUAGAAUGAUUUUAUUUUUAUUUUUUCUCUUUUUACAUACCUCAAAUCAAGUAACCUGCAGUGGUGUCUUUACCUCAGGAGCUGUAGUAUAUUUAACCUGAAUCAACUUUAUUUUUGUAUUCUUUUAGACCUAGUUGCAAUCAGGGGAUGUCGGGUAACUCACCAGUGGAACCUCAUGUACAGCAGCACCCACCUCAGUGACAGGCCUCCAACCCAGGCCUCUCAGGUUUCUUUAACACGCUGUAGAGUUUUGCUGAACUCAAACUGGUGAAUGAUCAGAUGCUGUAGAUCAGCACAUUAAAUGCUUAAUUACACAACAAGCCCAUACGAUUGGAAGGUGAAUGAUGUACACAAACCUCCCAGAUAUGGACCUGAUUUCACCAAACUGUAAACUCUCAGUAAUGCGCAGGAUUUUUACGCCCACCUAGAAUUCAACUUACUGCAGAUCCGCACAAGCUGUCUUUAAAGACGUAGCAUGCAAAGUUGGGGGAGAACAGCAACUCAAAUCCACCUACAGUAGACUGAGCAGACCCUGAGCUCAUUUCUCCACCCCAGCUCCUGUCUAUGUUACAGAGAGGUUGUACAGAAUCAGAUUUGAGUUUGUUGUCCCCCGUUUUGUUUGUGCAUCCUUCCUCCAGCUGCAACCUCAAAGCUGAAAGUUUAUCUGACACUGUCAACGCAUAGUUGACAGACCUCAUGCUGGCCUCUGGAGGGGGUCUCUCUCAGGAAACUUGACAACUUCAAGGAAUCACUGUUAACUUAAAGGAGGAGGGAAAAAAAGAUUCAUACCUGAAGAAUGCACAAGUCUACAUGGCUGUUCAAGAAUACCUCAUCAGACUCUCUCAAAAGGAGAGCUACACAACAUACCUCAUACGGCUGAGAAGCCAUUAAGACUGGAAAUCCUACCUGAACUGAAAAUGACAUACCGACAUACCGCUGGUGAUUUUUGGGGACAAACAAAACUGGGAUGGGCUUGCUAUUUCUCUCCUCCUGUAUUUACGUGUAGAACUUGUUUUAUGCUUGCUUACGUUUUUGUUUUUCUUUCUUUUCAAGUUGUUGUCUGAGAAGAGUGAUAUAUCUGCAUUUCUUUCAGGGCAGAGGAAAACAAUAAUUAGUUCCUCACUGACACGUGUGGAUUAGUAGGAUUGUCAACUGGUUUCAAGGUCAAAGGGGUCAAAAUAUUUCAAAACAAAUGACCAUGUUAACCUUAAAUCGACUGCGAAGACUUAAAAUCGCAGUUAACAUGUCUUCUCUACGACAGCGGCAAGAUGAUAUGCAUGUGUACAAUCACGUGACCUGUCUUUUAACACCCUAAUCUUCUGGGUCACAUCAACCUCUGGUUAUUGCACAGCUAGAUACCAAAGACAAGCCAGGUCGCUUCUCUUGAUGAAUCUCUCGUACAAUCCUGCCAUGUUGCACAGCAAGGCAGUUCAAGGUCUCUUCUGGAUUGCAAAAAAAAGAAAAAUGUUGCAUCUAAUCUCAUUGGCUCAUUUAAUUUUUUUUCUUAAAGCAAGUAAAAAAAUAUCUUUGGGUGAGGUGAAUUCCCUUGUUUGAUAUUUUACGGCAUGACUUGAUUAUUGAAGUUACAAUUAAAAUUUUAAUCUGAUUUACAUGCCAUGUACAAAUUGUUAGCAGAUAUUUAAGUCUCGUUGUCCAGAACAGUAGCUCAGAUACUGCAGGUUUCCUGAGCUGCCUCCCUAAUUUAAUCUUUUACACUUACGGGCUCUUGGGGCUGAUUGUUAACACCCAGUUUGGACGCAGACCCUCUAAAUCUGCCCCCUCCUUAAUAUAAAGUAUUUUUUUCCCCCUUUAAAAUAAAUUUUUAGUAUUUUGAAAUACUGCAAAGGAUGAAAAUGAAAUUUCCAGCUUUUUCUGUGUUGAAUGUGAGGCAUUUUAUCUGUUUAGAAACCUCUUUAAGCCCAGUGUGAUCUAAGGUGGGCAGCCUUGUUGCUUUUAUUAGACUGUAUUUUAGCCAUUACGUGUCAGGUUUUGCAGACGUUUUGCAGUGUAGAUCAUGGUUGAGGCUUUUAGGGCUUUGAGGACAGUGCUUGAAGCCCUUUUGGUGUACCCUUCAGAACCCUGAAUGACACAUAACUGUAUUUUCUAAAGGUGAGGACUGUAGAUGCUGCCUUAAAGUAGUUGCUGGUGAGAUCCAGCCAGUGCAGGUUUCACUACGCAGCUGGCUGGGAAAAUGUCUUUAUCUUCAAGCUUAAUCCUUUGGAGAGUAAUCACUUUUUUUAUUUUGGUGAGCAAUUCAGUCAGACGUUAGACACCAGUUGUCAUUCAUGCUGUUGCGUUAACAACUGAGUGUUGCUAUUUAUUUGUGUUGUUUUUUUGUUUUUCUUUCACCCUGUUGGACCUUGUUUUUAGUAACCGUUAUGCUUAAUCACUUAGGCUGUGUUACUAAAACCAAUUUCUUGUUGUCCGAGCUUUCUGUUUCAUCUGCUUAGUCUAAGCAAUGACUGUUUAAUAGUGUAGUUUCACUGCCUUUGUAUGUUUGUGUGUAAAUGUGUGUGUGUAUGUGUGUGUGUGUGCACAAGCAGGUUCAGCAUAUAAAGCAUGUGGUGCACCAUGUACACCUACAUACACCUGUAAUACAAUCAAGGAUACAGCAGGUGGCGCCACAUCUUUUAAUCAUAAGGAUGCACUACCUCACAUAUGAAUUUUAAUGACAUUUACUUUUCUCCAGCAUCAACCUCCCAUUUUGUUCCCUGGGAACUGCCUAAUACACCCAUAGUUGUAUUCUGCUGUUGAAGGACACUUUGUUGUUUGGGGAGUGGAAAGUGUUGAGGGUUGGUCAUUCACUUCUCCUCUCUGAUCUCUAGGCAUCAAACCGGCAACCCUAUCACCUCAUUAACCUCCAGGCUCAUGCUACCUGUCUUGGUGUGUGUGUGUGUGUGUGUGUGUGUGUGUGUGUGUGUGUGUGUGUGCGUGUGUGCGUGUGUGUGUGUGUGUGUGUGUGUGUGUGUCUUUUAGAGACCGCCCCUACCUCGUCAUACCACAAUACCUCAGGGCAGUGGGCUGCAGUCACUGUUGCAUUUGAUGUUGAAGCUGCAUUGGGGGACGAGUACUGACAGAAGCUGUGGUCACUUCGCUGAAUGCUAACGUGAUUUUGGUGUUGCAUUUUUGUAUUUUUGUCGUCAGUAACUGCAGGCAAGGUCUCGUCACUCAGGAAGCUGUGAAGUUGGAAGUCUGUAGAACCUUUUGUCUCUCAGAUGAUUUUGGAGUUAAUUCAGUUUUAAAUUGUUUUUAAAAAAAAAUUAACCUGAUCUGUGUAAAAACAGGCGCAUAUGCAAGUGGUUAUCGAAUACCUCAUUUAUCAAUUUUAUGUUGUUUUUGGCUUGUACAAUGCUCCGUAUAUUAAUUCAACUGUGGGGUUUGUGCAUAUUUUUGUACUGUUAUUAUUAUUAUGGACAUGAUAAUAAUGAUAUUACUGAUAUUAUAGUUUUCUCUUUGAUUAAAACAAAAAUAGGACAAAACACACGAAUGCUUGUAAAAACUGGUUUGUGCUGAUUGUAUUUAAGAGGAGCACUUUUCCAAAGUGGUUUUCACACAUUCAGUUUUGUUCAUAUUAGUAAUAUAAAGAUAUGGUUCUCAGGGCUUUAAACUUGUAUGUCAUGAUAAAGUUUUACUUUAUAUCUUA